AUGGACGCGCAUUCUAGCGAGCCCUCACCUCUGCCCUUCAACGACCCAUCAGCACCUCUCGCCGCAAAAGUCAAAGAACUCAAAGCCAAACUCGAAGAAGUGAACAAAAACUUCAGCUACUACGAAACUUCGAACGAGAAGCUCGAAAAAAAGGUCGAAGAGCAGCAGCUCGACAUCAAGGCGAAGAAUUUCGAGCUCCUCAGACUCAGAGACCGUGUCCGCAACCACGAAAAAGAACACGAAGAAACACAAUUGGAAAACGUCAAGCUACGCCGCCAAUCCUCGACCUUUGAGAAGAUUGUCGAAGCAAGAGACAAGGAAAUCAAAGGUAUCGCCAACCUCGAACUCACCAUCGAAGACCGCGAAGCCGAAGUCCGCCAAUUCACCGCCGAUCUCACGACAACAAAAGCCGAGCGCGAUGACCAAAUCACCGAAGUCAAGGGUUUGGAGGGGGAUAUAGCGAUACUUCAACAAGAGCUGGAAACCAAAGAUCGAGAGAUCGAGAGUUUGCUCGAAAGACUGGAUAUCGUGGCUCGCCAUAUCACCGUCACCAAAGACCUUGCUGCCGAGGAGCUGGACGAUGUGCUUUUUGAGUUUAUGGACAAGUGGACGGCCACACGAGACGACGAUGGACCUCGACGCCCCGAAAAGCCCAAGCGUGCAUCCAUCGGUGGUAUCAACCUUGCUGAUGAGUUCGAGGCUUUGAGUGAUGAUGAGUUCUGGUCUGAAGAUGGAGGAGAUGCCUCUGACGCAGCCAGUAUUCGCAGUCAUGCUUCUGAACAAACACCAAAGAAGACCAAGCCCACGCUUGGCUUGUCUGGAGUCAAGUCUAUCGCUAUUCAUCCUUCCAUCAAGGCCACUCCUAACAACAUCAGCGGUAGCAAUCAAACUUCUCCCAUCCCUUCGCCCAAAAAGCCAGAGACUACAAGUACCCAGAUGCAGACAAGUUCUAUCGCAUCGCCCAAGAAGAAGAGCUUGUCUCAGAUCGUUAGCCAUGAAGUGCAAACAAGUCCCAUCGCUGCUUUGAUUCAGAAGUUCACUUUCUCGGAUGUCAGGAGCGGUGUCAACACAAGUCCUGUUGCUGCUUCACCGAAAACUUCUUUCUCGGAAAUCAUCAGCAGUGGUGUUCAGACGAGUCCUAUUUCUCCCUCUGCAAAGAAAGCAGAAACGCUAUCUGAGAUGAUCAUCAGUGGACUCCAAACAAGUCCCAUCGCUGCUUCGUCGAACAAGCCUACCUCGCCUCGCAAGACCUUUGCUGAGGUAUUGAGUAGCGGGGUCCAGACAAGUCCAAUAGCUCCAUUUAAGAAGAAUGCAGCUUCCGACACCACGAAUGCUGGAACUCAAACUAGCCCGCCGGUCAAAUCGCCGUCUGGCGCACCACUCCCAGCAAAUUUGACAGCGACUUCAUCCGGUACCUCACACUCGUCAAAUCCAGCUGUCAAAUCUCCUACCUCAACCAAGUCACCCAAAUCUCCUCUCUCAAACGAAAUCACCUCGGACCAAAUCGCCCUCGACAAGACUCGCCCCCCUCAGCAUGGAAAGCUGCCCAGAAUCAACACCCUGAACAUCAAACGCCCUCGCGUACCCGCAAAAGACAUGUCGCCUCGCACCCUCCAACACUUCAAAUCCAUCACCAACCCCGACCCGAGCAGUCCUCUCACACCCCCUCCAGGUACGAAAGUGCACGUCUUUGAUCUGCUCUCCAAUACAGCUACACCCAUUGCCAAAAGUUUCGUUGCCACUGCACUCGCAAACUGGCAGAUUAUCCUCUGCUGUUUCUUCACUGUUUUCGCUGGUUCGUAUCUUGGUAGCGCCACGGCGAAUACAGCGGCGGAAUGGAGUUGGGCGAACGCUAAUGGAUACGCGCCCGAGGGAAAGUAUGUUUAUGUGGGCAAGAGGGUGCCGGGCCAUGUGCUGGUGAUGUUUUGGGGUGUGAUUGCUUGGUGCUGGAAUCUGGUGUUUGGGAGUUGGUUCGUUGGUGCUGGGGCGCGGCAACCGCUUUCUCCUGGUUGA